GUCUUUGUCAUGCCACAAAGAAUACAAAAACAAAGAUUAGAUGACAUGAAGAAAAGUGCAAUUAAGAAAAAUAUAAGAAUUUCUCCUCAAUAUUGUGAUUCAGUGACACAUGUUGUGACUGGCUUUGAAACUCUUGAUCAAGUUAUAAAAAGUUUAAAUGUGGAAUUGCCAGAAGCAUUAAAAGAAAAGUAUAUUGUGAAUCUAUCUUGGUUUGUUGAUAGUAUUAAAGCUUGUAAACCAGUACCUGUUGAAGAUAAACACAGAGUUAAAAACAAGAUUAAACAAGAGGUAAGUAUUGAUGAAGAAAAGUCUAAUACAGUUCAGAACAGUAUACCGGAAUGGGCAUGUCAAAGGUCAACUCCUUUAUUACAUAAAAAUUCAAAAUUUACAGAGCCAUUAGAAAUCCUGGAGAAAUUUGCUGAAUUAAGAGAUCAAGAACAAGAUUAUUCAAGAGCAUUAGCUUUUAGAAGAGCAUCAUGUGUAUUAAAAAGUCUACCAUAUCAAGUCAGUGACCUUUACUGUUUAAAGAACAUCAAAGAUAUUGGAGGUCAUAGUUCAAGGGUCAUAAAGGAUAUUUUAGAAGAUGGUUAUUGUCAAGAAGUUCAAGAUAUUCUCAAUAAUCCUUGGUUUCAUAAAAUGAAGUUAUUUACAAGUAUAUUUGGUAUUGGACCGUCUACAGCUAAGAAAUGGAUUGAUAAAGGAUGGAGUACACUAGAUGAUAUCAAUAUAGAGGAAGUAAGAAAUGAUUGGAGAGUUACAUGGGGUAUUGCUUUCCAUUAUGAAUUGAAUGAUUUUGUAAGUCGUAAAGAAGCUGAUAUAUUUUGUGAUAUUGUAAGAGAUGAGGCUGAGAAAUUAUUACCUGGUGUUAUAGUUCAGUUAACUGGGGGUUUUAGAAGAGGUAAAGAAAGAGGUCACGAUGUAGAUUUAUUAAUAACUCAUCCAGAAUUAGGGCACGAAAUAGGUCUUUUAUCACCAUUACUACAAGCACUGGAAAACAGAGGCUUGAUAUUGUGUGGAAACCAUGAACGUGCAACAUUCAACCCAGAAGUCUAUCAAAGAGAUUUCAAAUUAAGCAUGCGAGGACAGUUAGAUCAUUUUGAAAAAUGGCUGGGUAUUUGUAAAUUUCCUAAAUCAUUUAAGGAAGGAAAAUCAGAACUCUUAGAAAACAAAACUAAUCAUGUGAAAGCUGCCAUCAUUCCGAAUUCCUUAGAUGAAGAGCCUGCCAGAAAGUUACAGAAAAUAACAUCUACCAUAGAUCAAUCUCCUUUGGAAUUGUUUAAAUCUGAUCGUGAUUGGACAGCCAGACGUGUUGAUCUAAUUAUCUCCCCUUAUGACCAGUAUUAUUAUGCUCUGGUUGGUUGGACUGGUAAUAAACAUUUUAACAGAGAUUUAAGAUUAUAUUCACAAAGAGUUUUAAGUAUGAAAUUAACCAGUCAUGGAUUGUUUGACAUGAAAAAAAGUGAAUUAGUUCCAGCAUCAAGUGAAGAAGAAGUUUUUACUAAUCUCAAUUUAAAAUAUCAAAAACCUGAACACAGAAACUGU